CAACCAAUGAAAGCAAUCGACAUGUGAAGUCUUUGGACGAGUUUCCAAGAUGGACGCCCCCAUGAAAGAAAAACUUUUAAAAUAUUCUUUACUUUCAAGAUUACUUGUUUUUACUUUACAGGUUGUGUUCAAUAUCUUGAUACCAGAUCACAAAGCAGAUGUGUUCAAUCCACCAUAUGAUCAAUCCAAGGACAAUCCACCAUAUGAUCAAUCCAAGGACAAUCCACUGGAUACAUGUGUUCACUAUGUAUUAGGUGGAUUCAUCAGAUGGGAUGGUGUAUAUUUCCUCCAUGUAGCUGAACAUGGAUAUAUUUAUGAAAACAGUUUAGCCUUUUUUCCAUUAUUUCCAUGGUGUGUCAGAAUAUUAGCCAAUAGCUUAUGUUUGCCGAUGCAAUUUGUGAUGCAGUAUAGAACAGUACUUAUAGUAUCAGGAUUUAUUUUCAAUUUUUAUAUUUUCUUUAAAACAACACUUGUUUUGUACAGACUGAGCGCAAAUAUUUUGAAUUCAGAAUUUUUAGCAUAUAAGGCUGCAUUGUUAUUUUGCUUCAAUCCAGCCAGUAUUUUCAUGUCAGCAUUUUAUUCUGAAAUAUUGUUUGCAUAUUUGACUUUUUCUACAAUGUUGAAAUUUGAAGAAAGAAAACGAAAUCAGUCUAUGAUGUUCUCAAGUUUAAGUUGUCUUUCACGUUCAAAUGGAUUGCUGACUGCUGGCUUUGAACUUCAUAAAAGUUGUCAGAAUAUUGUGAUACAUUUAUUGUAUAGUAAGAAAGACUUUGUCGGCAAAAUUUCACUCAUUUUGAAAGAGAUUUUGAAAGCUUUGAUAUAUUUGAUAUUAUUUUUAUUACCUUUUCUUAUAUAUCAGUUUUACAUAAGUGAUCUGUUUUGCAAUCAAAGUGGAAAGUGGAAUAUACCAGAAUUCCUCAUUCAGUAUGGAAGAAAAAGAAGCUACAACUUAGUAAAUGAAACAGCUUUUGAUUGGUGCAAAAAUAGAAUACCUUUUGCAUACAGUCAUGUGCAGAAUACUCAUUGGAAUGUUGGAUUUUUGAGAUACUAUGAGUUCAGACAAAUUCCAAAUUUUAUUCUGGCUUUACCUGUGAGUGUUUUAUCUGUCUCAUCUGUUGUAUAUUAUUAUAGACUUAAUAGAAAAAGAUGUCUGACAUUAGGAUUGAUACCUGAAAAGAACACAGAUGACUCAGAGAAAAGUGGAUUUAUGAACAAAAGAAUGUUGCCAUAUAUUGCAUACUUAUUGUUCAUUACUGUAUUUGGAUGGUUUUUUAUACAUAUUCAGGUAUUAACAAGAAUGGUGUUUUCUUCAUCACCUGUGGUUUACUGGUAUGCAGCAAUAGUCAUUUCAACAAAUUAUCAUACAAAAAAUAGGAAAACUAGUCAUAAGAAACAUUCAAAGUAUUCUAAAAUCUGUGAUAUUAGUGAUCUUUAUAUUUACAACGUUAGAAAUUGUAAUAUACAAUCAAAAAUAAUUGUUUUAUAUUUCCUAGGAUAUUUUGUAAUAGGAAUUUUUAUGUUUUCUAACUUUCUACCAUGGACAUAA